UUGUUUUUUCUUUUAUUUUUUUUUUUAUUUUUCAAUCAAAAAUUCUAUAAUUACUAUUUCGAAUUGCUAAUUAAUUUAUAUUAUUUGUAUUUAUAUUAUUGAUUAUUUCGUUAUCAUUAUAAUUAAUUUAAAAUAAUUAUUAUUUCGUAUAUUUAUUUCUUAAUUUCAGGAGAAAAUAACCAUUUCAUUUUUUAUAUGGUGCAUAUAAUUAAAAUUUAUAUUAAAAUAUAGCAUUUAUAUUAAAAUUUAAUUUAAUUAAUUUAUAUUAAAUCAAUUGCAUCAUUUUUCUUUUAUAACAUUUAAUUAAUUCGAAUCAAUAUAUAAUAUAAUAAAAUCUUUAUAUCCAAAAACAAAUAAUACAAUACAAUACGAAUAAAUAUGAUAACAAGGAGGAAAUUAUUAUGAGGAAAUUAAUACCCAACUUUUUGAAGUCGUAUUUCUUCAUAUUCAUUUUCUUAAAUUUCUAUAAUAAUACAUUUGCAUAAUAGUAAUUUUUAAAUAAUUUUACAUAAAUUUAUACACAUUUAAUUAAUAUUUCGCGAUAUAAAUCAGCAUUAAAACCAAACCUAUAGUGCGUAUAAAACUUUGGUAAAAUUAAUACUCACAAUAAUAAUUUUAAUUUCAUUCUUUGGUUAGAAUGAUGCCAUUAUUGUUUCGCAGUAAGUGUUUUCUAGAUUAUCAAUUUCAAAUUUGAAUCUAAAAGUCAAAAUUUUUCUCUGUAUGACUCUUACUCUGUAAUACGUUGAAAAAGUGUUUACAGAAUUCUAAAAAUUUUUUUCAAAAAAUUCAGAAAAUUAAAUAUUUUUUUAAAUAUUUAGUGAUCAAAAAUAAAUUCUUUUAAAAUUUUUGUUAUUUCUAUUUAAUAUUUUUAUUUUAUAUAUCGGACUAUUGCUUAUAAUUUAUAUUCUCAAUUGAUUUUAUGACAUUUAUUUUGUAAUAUUACAUAAAUUUAUACAUGUUUUCUAUCAUAUGAUAAAAUUGUACUGAAUUUUCGGACAUAUUUCACAUUUCAUUAUUUUACAUAAAUUACAUUUGCGUAUAAUUUCGUUCAAAAUCAAAUUAAAAACAAUAACAUGCUCGUUCAAGUAUAAUAAUUGCGUUCUACAAAAUAGUUUAAAAUGACGAUUAUUUAUAUAAUAUGAAUAGCAUUCACUAUCUAAAAAUUACUUUAGACAAUAAUUAGUGAAUAUUAUAAUACAUUAAUAUCUUUCAUAUAAAAUCACUUAUAUAUUAUCACUCAAAUCGAACAUAUCCUUCUUUAUUGUUCUCUUCCAAUUUCUUCGUCACUCCUUUUGAAUACGAAGUAUUCGAAAUAAAUGAUACAAAUAAGAAAAAAUUUUUCUUGUAAGAUAACUGGAAGAUAUUAUUCAUCGUAACAAACUUCCAUUUUCUCAACAUUUGGAACAGAAGGGGGAAAAAUAAAGAAAAGAAUGAAGGAAUAUGAAACACGACAUUAAAGAUUAAUAAUACAAACAAGAAACUUGAAAAGUAUAAUUUUCUCGAAAUCAAUACCUAUUAUGAAAAAUCUUUUUGCAGAAGAUAUACAUAAAAUCGAUCGAUUGUAAUUUACUGCAAUUUUUAUAUAUUAUACUAUUAUUAUUAUAAAAAAAAUAAUACUAUGAAAAUACAAGAGAGAAAAAUACUUGCGUAAAUAAUAUAUCAAACCGAGGUAUAGUCGAAUGAUUCUUUGAAUUCUACGUGACAGUCGAUAUUUGACUAGAAAGAUGGACGUGUUCGACAAACACUAUCAUAGUUAUCGUACUGUAUUGAAAAUUAUUGGACUAUGGCCGUACAAUAAUUCAAUUUAUGUGUGGAUUCAGAGAUUAUUACUAUUGAUAUUGUUUUUUGGCAAUAUAAUAUUUCAGGUGACGAAAAUUAUAAUUUUUAUUUAUAUAAUUUAUUGUAUUUUUAUUUAAAUAGUUUAAAUAGAAUAUUAUCUAUUUGUUACAGCAUAUUAAUACUCUUUUCUAAAUUAAUAAUAUUUAUUGUAUUAUGUUUAUUGUAUUAUAUACAUAUAUUAUAUGCAUGAAAUAAUAAUAUUGAUAUAUUAAUAUUUUAAUUUUAUGAUUAAAAAUUAAGUUUUGAAAAAAUGAAUAUUGGAAGUAGAUUUUAGAAUUUCUCUAUCAACAUAUAUCUAUAUUUAACAAAAAAAAAAAAUUAAAGAGUAAAAUGUAAUUUUAUAUUUUUCAAAUAUUUGUAUAUAUAAAAUAAUCUUCUUUUAUAAAUUGAUUCUAUCUAAUCAAACGGCAAUUUCAUUUCGAAAAAUUAAAUUUGAUAUAUUUACCUAAAAAAUUUCUUCAAAUCUAUUUUUCUCGAAUUUUUUCGAAAGAAAGAUUCAAACGACGAAAAUUUAUUAUAUUUUUUUUGUUCAAUCUGUUUAUGUAUGCUAUUUGACUAAAUUUUAUAUAAAAUAUAUAUAAGAAAUAUAUAUAUAUAUAUAAAUAUAUGUAAAAGAAGCAAUAUCUACCAAAUUUACAUUUCUUACUUCUAUUUGUGAUUUUAUUUUUGUUUUCUAACAUUAAAAACACGAUUAAAGUAUUAUCGUUAAAAAAAUUAAAAAUUUUUUAAGCAUUAUUCUAAUCAACAAAUAGAAUAUAUUUUUAGAUUGUGUCACUUUUAAGAUCCGAAAUUACGUUACGAAAUUGUAUUUUAAUAUUGUCUAUAACUUGUCCAAUGAUAAUAAUUUCAUUACGAUAUAUAUGUUUUAUAGUAUUUUUUCCUAUGGUAAGUAAAAAUUAAAUUAUUUUAAACUUUUUCAUGGAAAAAUAUUUUCUACCUCUUAUUUUAUUUGAUAUAGAUAAAAUAUUUAUUUCAUCAUAUGCGUAUGGAGGAAAAUAUAGCACAAGAUUCAAUAGAAAUACGAAUACGAACAAAAUGCAUCAACGAUUCCUGUCAUAUGAUCGACAUUUUUCUCUGGAUGAUUUAUGCAAUUUUUGCAUUGUGCAGUAUAUUAUUAUUGUGUCCUAUAAUAUUGGAUUUUAUAAUGCCUUUGAACGAAUCUCGUAUACAUAUCGUUCAUUAUAUUACUAUAUUUUCUGAUAAAAGAAUCACAUAUGUUGAUAUUCUAUGCUUGAAUUAUAUGUUCCUUAUGAUAUUUCUAGUAUUAUCUGAAAUGGGUACAGAAUCAAUACUUGGACUUUAUAGUUAUCAUAUAGGCGUGUUGUUUAAAAUUAUUAGCCAUCGAAUACAAAAGAUUAUCGCGUAUUUAACUAUGUUUAAUCUUUCAUCGAAGCAAAUUGACUUGAAACUCGCAGAGCUUUAUCGCGUGGUGGAUAUUCAUAACCAAGCUAUCCAGUUGACUUAUCAAUAUUGUGAUAAGUAAUUCAGGAAAACAAUAUAUGAUAUCCAGUCUUUUACUCGUGAUUUCGAUGGCUAUAAAUCUGCAUCGAGCAAGUAUCUUUUCUUUAUUUCAUUAAUUAAUCUUUUGAAUUACAUAUUUACAUUUACAUAUUUAUAUAAUUACAUAUUAUACAAAAUAAUAUUUUAUUGUUUGAAAGCUGAUAGUUUUGAUGACUCUUCGAUUUGUCUAAGUGAAAGCUUUUUCCAGUUCUUAAAUCCUCCAUUUUGUGUUUUUUUAAAAUAGAAUUAUGUUUUUAUUAAGGAGAAUCGUAAUCUAUUUCGAAAUAAAUUUAUUGCCUUAUUUAUUAAUUAUUAAUUAUUAAUUAUUUUUGAACAUCAUUCAAGGUUAUUUAUUACGUUAUUCGAUUUUGUUAUCAUUAAUUUAGAAGAUGAAUGUAGAAAAUAUUCCAAUAUUUUAAUAGCUUUGUAAAUCGAUAAUGAUUUAUUCUGUUUCUAAAUAACAUUCUAUUCUUUUAAAAAGAUUAGAAUUAAUUUGGGAAACAUCUUUUAAACAAUUCAAUUGUUAAUUCUUCUUUAAAAACUUUUUUAAAAAUUUUAUUUAUGUAACUAAAAAAAAAAUUUAAAUGUUAUGGAAUAAAAUUAUAUUGAUAAAUCAUGUCAAUGAUUUACUUCAAUGAAAAACAUUUUCCACCUAUCAAUAACGCAAAGUUUUAACAAUUAUAAGUGAUUUUGAAUGAUUUUCAUAGAUCAACGUAAUUGGGACAAUGAAUUUAACAUAAAAUUACAGUCCUGGUUUUAUUUAAAAAAAAAAAAAUUAUCCUUAGAUUUCAAAUACAACAAAUUUUUUUAAUUAAAUAUAUUUGAUGCUUGAUCAUUAGACGAUUUCUUGAAAUACAAGUUUUAUGUGCGUUAUUUUUUUUUAAAUAAUGCAUAAUUUAGUAGAAAUUUUAUUAAAAUUUAUUAAAAUAAGACAUUGUAUAUAGGCAAUCUUGUAUAAAAUUUUUUUGAAUUUUUUUUAAUUUUGUGAAACAUAUUAUAAGAGAGACUGCGAAUUUAUAAUAAAUAAAUAUAUCAAUAAA